UCCGACAGAGUCCCUCCGUGGGGGCAGCAGCCCCCCAGCCAAGAUCGGUGUGGGGGGGCAGGAUUAUUUCUCAGGCCCUGGUGGACAGAUGGGCGGGGAGUUCUCAGUGCUCCAGGCAGGGGGGGGCUAUGGGCAUUCAGCCCCUCUGGGGCAAGGACUGGCUGUGCGGGGCCCAGGGGGCCCUGUCUCCAGAGGGGGGGCAGCUGGAGGUGAGCAGGAGCUAAGGGCUGGCCCAGAUGACACCACUCUCCCAGUGCACGGUGGGUUACACCGAGCCUGGAUUAGAUUGUGGGGCGGCCGGCAGAGGAGCGCCUGGCCUCCGCCAGCCUGGAGGCUGGGUCAAAAGUACAAGGGGCUCCCCAGCAUCCCGGGGGCCGUUUGGAGCAGGGGGCAUCUGAGGGGAGCAGAGAUCCCUAACCAGCAGGGAGGGGCUGUGUGUGGGGCUGGUGCCGGUGGGUUUGGGGAGCCCAGACGCUGCGGUGGGGGUGUGGGAGGGCAGGGAGAGAGGGGCAGAGCAUGAGGGAGAUCUCGUCCUCCCUGGGGAGCAAGGGAACAGGUCGUUCCUUUGGCUGGCGGCCAGCGGGUGAGAGGCAGGGGGCCCUUUCCCUAGUCGCACGUAGCGUCUCCCUCCUGCCCUGGGCUGAGAGUGGGCACGGCGCCAGCCUUGCCUUGUGUAAUCUGUUAUGUAGCCACGGCUGGGCCGUCCCAGAACACUUCAUUUCCUGUGCAAAGCACGCUGGGCUGGCCGGCUGCCAUCCGCCUCAUCCCUCGCAGGCCGGGGGGCCCCCUGCACAGGGUGCAGCGUUUGGGUACCCAGCCUGGGCUGAGGGCAGGGGCGGUGGCGGGGUCUACCGAGGCUCAAGCGAGCUUAACAUGCCAGAGAAGCAGGGAACAGAGCUACAGCCCAGUUCGCCCUGAGCACAAAGACCCAGCGAGCAGAGGAGUGUGAAAUAUGCCCCCCCCAAGAUCAGCACGCAGGAGUGCGGGGCCUGAGCCCCAGGGAAUUGUCUCCCCCGCGGGCGUCACAGCUGGCAGUGCCACGCAGGCAGGAGUUCUGCAGGCUGGACAAGCUGCCCUGGCACGCUGGUGUUCGUGACACAGCUUGUCGCCAGGGCAGUGUGUGCCCUCGCACACCCACAGGGCACCUUUCCCUGGGGACUGAGAGAGGAGCGGCCAGGCUGGGCAGCCCUGGGGUCCCUCGAGCCCGGUCUCCUGCGUCCACCCCGGCCAGCGCCAGCUGCUUGAGAGGAAGGUGUCAGAAUUGGGGCUCCCAUGCCUGGACGCCGGAGGCAGCGCGGCCACAGCAGCCUGGAUGCAGAUGGAGCCAGCUGGAGGCACCAGGGCUGCCCCCCUAGUGCAGCCUGGGGGCCCAGAGCCCACCCCAUUGCGGGUGCUGCAGCCUGCCGAGCUCUCUCUCACCCCUGGCGGGCCAGCAGCGGUGACGGCCUUUUCCAGGACCCUACGCCUGUACAGCAGCCCCGUGCCUGGGGACAGCGCCCCCUCCAGGCCCCUGGUGGUGCUGCUGCCCUGGUUUGGCGCCCGGCCCCGCUCCAUGGCGAGGUACCUGGAGCUCUAUCUGCCGCGCGGCCUGGACGUGCUGGUGGUGGAGAGUGACCUGAGCCACUUCCUAUGGCCCCGGCACGGGCUGGCCUACGCGGCCUGUGUGCUGGGCCUGCUCCGGGACAGCCAGCCCUUCUGCUCCCGCCCGCUGCUUGUUCAUGCCUUCUCCAUCGGCGGCUACACCUUCGCCCAGAUGAUGGUGCACAUGAGUCGGGAGCCGCAGCGGCACCGGCAGCUGGCAGAGAGGAUCCGGGGCCUGGUGUACGACAGCCUGGUGAUGGGCAGCCUGGGGAACAUGGCGCUGGGCGUGGCUCAGAUGAGCAGCUCCCCGGCCUUCCGGCCCCUCGUCAGGGGAGGCACCAGGCUCUACUUCAGCCUCCUGCACGGCUGCACCGUGCGGUACUACAAAGCGGCCCAGGGCGUGGUCUCCCGGCCGCCGCUUCGCUGCCCCGUCCUGCUCUUCUAUUGCUGCAACGACCCCCUGAGCGACCCCGCCCGGGUGCAGGAGCUGCUGGAGAGCUGGAGGGGGCGGGGAUCCAGGUGCAGGCCCAGGGCUGGCAGGACUCGUGCCAUGCAGCCCAUCUGCGCCAGCACCCCCAGGAGUACCAGCGGGUGCUGCAGGGAUUCCUGGAGCGGCUGGACCUGGCCCUGCUCCGAGCCAGGCUCUAGGAGCUGGGGCUGGGUUGGCCCAGGAGCCCCCCCUCACACGGCUGGGGUGACAUGCAGCUGCUGCAGCCGGAGCCCUGCUCGUCCCUGGCAGGCAGGGGACUCCUGCCCUCCCACCACCCAGCCUCCAGCCGUGCCAUUCGCCUUCCUCAGCUGGCCCUGCCGGGCAGGCCAGGGUCCAUGGGCACGUUGCCUGACUGGGUGGCCUCGGGCACAGAGCACGGUACCAGCUGCUGCAACACGGACACCCCGGCUGCGGGAGGGGGAAAGCCAUCGAGUCCUCUGCCCCAGGGAGGCAUGAUGGGCACCUGCUUGCUCUAGCCCCAGUGGGCUGAGUGGUGCUGGGGCCAACGGGGAGCAGGUGGGGGGAGGCAGAUUUCCCCCAGGUGGGUUGAUGAGGGGGGAGGGCAGCCCUCCCCUCGCCCAGUUUCACCUCUGCCCUGGGCUGGACUGGGACAGGCUGCUGGGGGCUGCGCUGGACAAAGAUGAACUCGCAACUCGGCGGCUCCACCUCCCACCAGGAGCCAGCUGCCGUUGUGCACCUGCCCCCUCCCGGCACCGAGCAAAGGCCCCUCGCAGGGCCUCGGGGAAUGGCCAGGCGGAGCAGGGAUGGGGGCUCGGGGGAGCAUUUCAUGCUAGUUUCAACACAGUUUUUUAACCCCAUCUGUAAACUGGUUUGAAAUCCCCCCGGACACCGGAUCCUGCCAUGCCCUGAUUCCACCGUGCAGCUGCCACUGGUCCUCCAGCCACGUGCCCUAGCACUGCUCAGGCAGGCCCUGGGCCCAGUCCUCACCCCCUUCUCCCCCGGGCUGGUGGUUUGCCAUAGCGAGGCGGGCUGGAGUCCAGCUCCGCGUGCUCCCCCCCACCAGCCGCUGCCAGGCCCGAUGCUGCAUUACUUUAUUAUUUUUCAAUACACAAUUACAAACACUGGA